AUGGCAGCAAAUAGACCUUUCAAGUCAGCCUUGAUAGUGGUGGACAUGCAAGAGGACUUCUGCCCCCCAAAUGGGUCCCUCGCCGUACCAGAAGGCCGCACCAUCGCCCCAAUAAUCAACACCCUACUCUCCAAGCCAGGAUUCACCAUGCGCAUCCUAACAAAAGACUACCACCCAAAAGACCAUAUCUCCUUCGCCAGUAACCACCCAGGUCCAGAAAACCAGCCCUUCUCUUCAUACGUCACUAUGAACAACCCGGCGCCGGGCAAAGAAUCAGAAUCGAAAUUACAGCAGCUAUGGCCAGUCCACUGUGUGGCGGAUACUGCGGGCGCGGAAAUCAUUCCGGAGAUCGAUUCCUCUAAUGUCGAUUUAGUGGUUCGAAAGGGCAUGCGUCCCGAAGUCGAGAUGUACUCUGUCUUCGCGGAUGCUUUUGGAAACUGUGAUCCCGGGGCACAUACACAUUCGGUUAGCUUGGAUGUUGCUGCGGCUCUUAGGGCUCAGGGUGUUACUGAUGUGGUUGUUGUGGGGCUUGCUGGAGAUUAUUGUGUCAAGGCUACGGCGAUUGAUGCUGCUAGGGUUGGGUUCAAGAGCUGGGUUGUUGAGGAGGGGACGAAGUGUGUUGUGCCGGCUAACUGGGAGGAUAUUAAGAGGGAACUGAAGGAUUCUGGGGUGUCUGUCAUUAGCAUGGGUGACCCUUUGAUCGAGGGACUUGGAAAGUAG